AUCUCAUCCCAGAAAGUCAUUGAUUUAUAUGGCAACGUAAUCGGUAAGCGAGUUGGCUUCCACACUACUAUGUCCCCGCGCAAGAUAUCUGCCGCGAAAACCUCUGCUGACUGGCACGACUUUUCUGUUUCAUCGUGGGUAGCUGGUCAGACCAUACUGCACUGCGCUGGAAGCAUUCGGCUCCCCGAGCCGAGGUCAAAAUCUGGGGAUGACUAUGUCACAGUAAAAAGCAUAGAGGGUUUCGACACUUGGCCUACAAGUUGGUGAUAUACCAAUUGGCACAAUGAAGGGAUAUGUUUUGAUCUACAUUUUCAGUCUCUAAUCACCCUAUGUACUGAUGGAGGGCAAAUCCAGCAUGAGGUUAUAAGGACUGUUUCUCUCUAACCACCCAGUGCUACAUACUACUCUGUUCACCCAAUCACCAUCGACGCCAGUCUCCAAGCUGGUAUUUUGAUGGCCACCCCCAUAUAUUAAAUAGCUAUUUUUCUGUCCUUAUAUCUCAACAAAAUUAUAUAUACAUAAUAGCUCAAAUUUUAUCCACAUAUACAUAUUCCC